AUGGCACCACACGCAGAUUCCCCAGCAGACCAAGAUGUGGUCCAACUGGAAGCACCUCCCCGACCGCCAAUGUCCUCGAACCCACCACGAAUCCUAAUCAUCGGCGCCGGCUCACGAGGAAAUGCAUAUGCGAGAGCAACUGGCAGAUCUACGAACGGCAUUGUUGUUGCAGUUGCCGAACCCAUCCCCUAUAAGCGUCAAAGAUUGGGAGAAGCGUAUAUCUGGGGCAAAUCUGGGCCUUCAGAAGGACAAUCUUUCGAUGAUUGGAAAUCAUUCCUCUCUUACGAACUCGAUCGUCGUGAGCGGGCUUCUCGUGGGGAGGAAGUAUCGGAGGGUGUGGAUGCGGUGUUUAUUUGUACUUUGGAUGAACAACAUAUGGAAGUCAUAGUUGGGCUUGCGGAAUUGGACUUGCAUGUUAUGUGUGAGAAGCCACUUGCUACGACGCUGGAAGAUUGUGUGAAGAUUUACAAGGCAUUGAGUCCUAGCGAGGGAAAACAGAAGAAGAUUUUCUCCAUUGGACAUGUGUUGAGGUAUAGUCCGCAUAAUAUGUUGUUGCGAAAGUUGCUUUUGGAGGAGAGGAUUGUAGGGGAUGUGUUGAGUGUUAAUCAUACGGAGCCGGUUGGGUGGUGGCAUUUUACGCAUAGUUAUGUUAGGGGAAAUUGGAGGAAAGAGUCGACGACAGCACCUUCGCUGUUGACGAAGUCAUGUCAUGACAUAGACUUAUUGCUCUGGCUGCUUUGCUCACCACCACCGAACUCAGAUAAAACUGCUCAUAUCCCAACCACCGUGUCGUCAGCAGGUUUCCUCCAGUAUUUCAAUAAAUCACGGAAACCAACAGCAGCAGGCGAUGCCACAAAUUGCUUAUCAUGUCCAAUAGAGAAGUCUUGCAAAUACUCAGCUAAGAAAAUCUAUCUCGGUCCAGAUCACAAAGGGCUGGCGUCUGGAAACACAAAUUGGCCAGUCGAUAUCGUACUUCCAGAAAUCGAAGAAUGCAUCUCGAUCAAGGGACAAGCUGGAGGUGAAGCCGCUCUCACAGCUAAGCUCGAAGAAGAUUACACGACAUCUACACCAGCAACCGAAGUAUCAUCUAAGAACUACUUCGGCCGCUGUGUCUACGAAGCCGACAACGACGUCUGCGACGACCAGACCGUCACCCUAACUUGGGAAAACGAUCCUCUGUCCUCCCUUUCCGACCCUGAGAAAGCCCUUCAAGGCCGCGGCGCUAAAACAGCAAUCUUCCACAUGGUGGCUCACACCCGCAAGAUUUGCGAGCGGUAUACGCAUAUCUACGGUACGGACGGGGAAAUAUACGCUGACUCGACGACUAUCACGGUCGAAGACUUCAAUACGGGCGCGACGAAGAUUUACAAACCGCAUAUGGCGGGUGGAGGACACGGAGGCGGUGAUGAUGGGUUAGCGAGACAGUUUAUACUUGCUAUUGAUCGCGUGAAGAAUCAGGGGUGUGAAGUGGAGAGGGCGCAGAGGGAGGAGGUCGGGUGUAGCCUUGAGGAGGUGGUGAGGAGUCAUGCUUUGGUGUUUUGUGCGGAGGAGGCGAGGAGGGGGAAAACUGUUGUGGAUUGGGGUAAUUGGUGGGAGAAGAUGGUUGAGGGGGAGCUUGGAAGAUAA